CCGAAAAGAAUGAGCCAAAUGAACAAAUACUAAUCGGUUACUUCCUCCUCUUCCUACGUAUACGCAACGACGCACACUUGCACACACACACACACACCCGCACACACACACACGCACACAAACUGUAUACUGUAUACUGAUUGAUGAUGACAACGGAGCAGAAACAACAACAACAACUAGCGGCAGCAGCAGCAGCAGCAGCAGCAGCUACGUCGACUACGGAUAACGGCACCAUGACAGCAGCAGCAACAGCAGCAACAACAACAACAACAAAAACAACAAAUGGCAACACAAGUGGUGGAAAUAACACAAAGCAAAGCAAGCACAGGUCGAGGUCAUCCGCACGCUACGAUGACGUCGAACGGCAGCAGCGCAAAAGUCGCGCCAUUGUCUCCAUACCGAAUACCAUAAAGCUGAGCAUGCUCAACAGCGGCCUGUUGUCCUUCGACCGGAUCAAGCUGGAGGCGCGCGACGAAAACAAUUCGCUAUCGAAGACCAUACCCAAUGGCCCCAUCGAUGUGCGGCAUUUUCUCAAAUUGUGCGAUCUGCGUCGCAAAUUUCCGGUGCUCUAUAAACUGGAAUUUCAGACAGCCGCCAAAGUGGAGACGAACACUUGCCGGCAUGCCCUGAAGAAGAACAACGCGGAGAAGAAUCAGAAUCCCAAGUGCAUUCCAUAUGACUACAAUCGUGUUGUCCUGCAGAAGCUACCCGGUGUGCCCGACUCCGACUAUGUGAAUGCCAGCUAUGUGGACAGUCUGCUCAAGCCGAAUGCUUACAUCGUCACUCAGGGUCCUGUGGAGGAGACGGUGAAUGCGUAUUGGCGCAUGGUGUGGCAGGAGAACAUUAGCGCUAUUGUGAUGCUGACAAAGACCUUUGACUUUGCCAAGGUCAUGUGCGUGCAGUACUGGCCACCGAAUAUGGAGGUGCACGAGACCUAUGGCGAUAUUCACAUCAAUAUUGUGCGGGAGGAGCAGUUGGCCAACUUUCACAUACGCACCUUUCGACUGUACAAGAAGAGCGAACAGGGCGAGGUGACCGACGAGCGUUUGAUACUCCAGUUUCACUAUACGGAAUGGUAUUCCCACUCCUGCCCCUUCUCCAAUGCCCUGCUGGAAUUUAGACGACGGGUGCGACUCGUUGUCGGCAAUAUCAUCAAAGAUGACGAUGAUGUCGAUAUGCGUGGUCCCAUUCUGGUGCAUUGCAGCGAUGGCGGCGGCCGUUCCGGUGUCUAUAUGUCCAUCGAUGCCAAUCUGGAACUGGCCGAGGAAGAGGAGUGCUUCAACGUUUUUGGCUAUCUGAAGAAGCUGCGACAGUCGCGCAAAGGUCUCGUCGAGAAUGUGGAACAAUACAAGUUCGUUUAUGAUACGCUCGAGGAGCAUAUUAUAUGCGGUAAGACCUGGUUUCCCGUCUCCGAGCUUUCCGAUCGCCUCAAGGCCAAAGCACGCCGAAAUUCGGCCACCAAGCUGAACGAGUAUCAGAUGGAAUACGAUCAGAUCUGCAAGCAAACGCCACGUUUCACCAUCGGUGACUGUGCUGGCGGUCAUCGGGCGGACAAUCGUGAAAAGAAUCGCGAUGUGCUCUGUGUGCCACCCGACAAUUUCCGUCCGUAUCUCACCAGUUUUCAGGGCAACGCCUUCACAGACUACAUCAACUCGGUGUUUGUGGAUGGCUACACAAAGCCACGGGAGUACAUCAACACCGAAUGGCCCAUGAAGCAUACGCUGGGCGAGUUCUGGUCACUGGUCUACGAUCAUGAGUGCUCCGCUGUGGUGGUGCUCUGUCAGCCGCCAUCGCAAUCGCAACAGUAUCCCUCGUUCUGGCCAAACAAAUCGAAAAUGGAGAAAUAUGGACCGGUCUUCACCGUGCACUACGUCAUGUCGAAGAGCUAUACGAAUAUAAAGCAGUGGGAGUUCAAGAUCAACAAGAAGAUCGUUUCGCUAACGGAAAUGAUGGCGGGUGUUAAGGCGCCGACGCGUACCGUCCAGCUGUUCCAGCUAACCUGUUGGCCGAUGGGUCACAAGGUGCCAAGUUCAACCAAUUCGCUGGUGUAUCUAAUGAAUAUGGUCGAGAUCUGGCGCAACAAGGUCGACUAUGGACCCGUCUGUGUUGUCUCGCCCGAUGGGCGCAGUCGUGCCGGCGUUUAUUGUGCCGCAAAUGCGUGCAUCGAGCAGGUCAUACAGCACGGUGAAGUCGAUGUUUUUCAGGCCGUGAAGACCGUGCGGCGACACCGUCCACAGCUCGUCGAGAAUAUGACCGAGUACAAGUACUGCUACGAUCUGGUACUCCACUAUGUCCUUCACUUUCUCAACAAGAAGGAUUGAACUCGUUCAACGCACACACACACAUUUUUUGUAAUGGAACCAACAUUUUUUUGGAGGGUUCUACACCACUUUUUUUCGACGAGUGCAACUCGCUCAAAAAAAAAGAAAAAAGAAGUAGAAGAAGAAGAAAAGAGAACAACUGUUUUAUGGUUAACAAAACUUUAUGUCCAAGUGGUCCACAUUUUAUGCCUAAUACUACUAUUCUAUCUUGAAUGUACGUAUGUCUAUUCUAUAGAGAGCCGUAGAGAAUGGGGCUAGACUCGGCUUGGCACAGAGCCUUAAAGCAAUAAUACGGAGUAUUUUUGUUGUUUUUAUUUCUUUUGUGUUUUUACUGUCGUUGGCUAAGGGGAAAUGAAAUUUCCAAAAUGUCACGAAAUGGUACUUGUCUUUUUGAUAUUUUGUCCCUUAAAUUUUCCUAAUGGGAUCGCAAAAUGAUGUAAGCGAAAUCAAAUGCAAAAGCCAUAUAUUGUCUAUGAUCUGUAUCUGAACUGUAUGUGCCAUGUCUAAAUGCCCUAAUUGUUGUUGUUAUUACUAUAUAUAGUAUAUACUUAUAAAUCUAUAUAUAUACACACAAAUAUUCAUAUAUGUGAACUUAAACUAUUAAAUUUACGAUUUACGAUUAAAUAUGAUUAUUUUUACGAUACGUUAACUCUAAAAACUUGCUACCUUAUACAAAAUUGUUGAUAUAUAUCUAACUAUACUACAGCAUACAUAGCAUAUAUAUAUAUAUAUAUAUUUGAAUGUUAUGUUAUGUAUAAAAGAAAGUCGCAUAGAAUUUGUAGAGGUCUCUCGGAGAAGUGCUGUUGGAAAUUGUAUUUUUUAUUCAUGUUACCAAAUGUGCGGAAAAUAUUUAUUUAU